AAAAUACACAAGCUAAUGAAAAUUCUGCAAGGUUCAGAGACCAGAAUCAUGAGCAGCAACAAUGGGUUCCAGCCUGCAGCAGUGCAGCUCUGUUAUGAGAAUAUCAAUGGGUCCUGCAUUCAGACUCCCUACUCCCUGGGACCCCAAAUCAUCCUCUACAUGGCCUUUGGCUCUGGGGCUGUACUGGCAGUAUUUGGAAACUUCCUGGUAAUGAUUUCUAUCUUUCACUUCAAGCAGCUGCACUCUCCAGCCAAUUUUCUCAUUGCCUCCUUGGCUUGUGCUGACUUUUUGGUGGGAGCCACCGUGAUGCCCUUCAGCAUGGUGAGGUCGGUGGAGAGUUGCUGGUAUUUUGGGGAGAGUUAUUGUAAAGUUCACUGUUAUUUUGAUGGAUCAUUUUGUUAUUCUUCCAUUUUUCACUUGUGCUUCAUCUCCAUUGAUAGAUACAUUGCUGUCACUGACCCUCUGAUCUAUCCAACCAAAGUCACUUUGAAUGUUUCCUUAGUGUGCAUCACAGUCUCAUGGCUUCUUGCUAUUACUUACGUCUUUUCAAUUCUUUCCAUUGGUGUCAAUGACGAUGGGCUGGAGGAAUUAGUAAGUGCCCUCAAGUGUGUGGGAGGCUGUCAGACUGCUAUGAAUCAAACCUGGUCAUUGGUAGGUUUUCUAUUGUUCUUCAUCCCCACUCUGGUUAUGGUUAUUCUUUACUUUAAGAUUUUUCUAAUAGCUAAACAACAGGCUAGAAGGAUUGAAAACACAAGUAGCAAAGGGGAAUCUUCAUCCUCAGAUAGUUACAAAGCCAGAGUGUCCAAGAGGGAGAGAAAAGCAGCAAAAACACUGGGCAUUGCUGUGAUUGCAUUUGUAAUUUCAUGGUUCCCCUAUUUUGUUGAAACAAUAAUUGAUGCUUUCCUAGGCUUCAUCACCCCAACAUAUAUUUAUGAAAUUUUAGUUUGGUUUGCCUAUUAUUAUAAUUCAGCCAUGAACCCUCUGAUUUAUGCUUUCUUUUACCCUUGGUUUAGAAGAGCUGUUAAACUGAUUGUCACUGGGAAAGUCUUCAGAGGUCACACUUCAACAAUAGAUUUGUUUUCUGAGCAGGCAAAGGCUUCCAAUGGAAGAAGUUAAAAUUUACUUGAAAGAAAUCUAUUAUCAAACAGUGGAAAAACCUAAGAUGAAGGACUUUUUUAAUAUGUAAAAAAUUUGUUGCUCUUUACAUGAGACACAAACCUCCAA